UCUUCGCGCGUGCGUAUUUGUGUCGAAUCUGACAAAGCGGAAGUAAAAAAAUAAAACUGCGGAACUCAUUGAAAGAUACCAUGGCUGCCACCAAAGCCUCCAAAGAACAAAAAUACGACAGGCAGCUCAGACUGUGGGGUGACCACGGACAAGAAGCGCUGGAGAAUGCACAUGUUUGUGUCAUUAACGCCACAGCCACUGGAACAGAGAUCCUGAAGAACCUGGUGCUGCCAGGCAUUGGAGCAUUCACUAUAGUGGAUGGACACACGGUGACUGGGGAAGAUGUUGGAAACAACUUUUUCCUUAGCAACAACAGCAUUGGAAAGAACAGAGCACAAGCUGCCACUGAGCUUCUGCAAGAGCUCAACAGUGACGUGUCUGGAAACUUUGUGGAGGAGAGUCCAGACAAACUUCUGGACAAUGAUCCAGAGUUUUUCCACAGGUUUACCAUAGUCAUCGGUGUCCAGUUGCCAGAAAGCACAUGUUUGAGGCUUGGCUCAGUUCUAUGGAGUGCAUCUGUACCUUUCCUAGUCUGUAAAACCUACGGCCUCAUAGGCUACAUGAGACUGGUGGUGCAGGAGCAUACGGUGAUUGAAUCUCACCCAGACAAUGCCUUGGAGGACCUGAGGUUAGACCAGCCUUUUUCAGAAUUAAAGAAUCACGUUAAAUCCUACGACCUCGACAGAAUGGACAAGAAGGAUCACAGUCACACACCGUGGAUCAUCGUUGUAGCUAAAUACCUGGAGAAAUGGCUCAGUGAGCACAACGGCCAACCUCCAAAAAACUACAAGGAGAAAGAGGCUUUCAGGCAACUUAUUCGUGAAGCAAUCAUGAAGAAUGAGAACGGUGUUCCAGAGGAUGAGGAAAACUUUGAGGAGGCCAUCAAGAAUGUCAAUACUGCUUUAAACCCGACCAAGAUUCCUAGUGCUAUUGAAGAUCUCUUCAAUAGUGAGCAGUGUGACAGCAUCACAUCACAGACUUCAUCCUUCUGGGUGAUGCUGCGAGCCGUCAAGGAGUUUGUUCACAACGAAGGAAACGGUAGCCUCCCCGUGCGGGGGACGAUCCCGGACAUGAUCGCAGAUUCUCAGAAGUUCAUCAGCCUUCAAAACGUUUACAGGGAAAAGGCGAUGCAGGAUUCAGCAGCUGUUUCUAAGCAUGUAGAAUGUCUACUACAGUCUGUGGGAAAGCCACCUGAAAGCAUCUUGGAGAAGGAUAUCAAACUGUUCUGUAAGAAUGCAUCUUUUCUGCGAGUGGUGCGCUGCAGGUCUCUGGCUGAUGAAUACAGCGUGGAUUCAGUAAAUAAAGAUGAAAUCACCUCGUGCAUGGAUAAUCCAGACAGCGAGAUGGUCUUUUACCUCAUGCUUCGUGCUGUUGAUCGCUUCUAUCAACAGCACUCGCGCUACCCAGGAGUCUAUAACUACCAGGUGGAGGAUGACAUCAGCAAACUGAAGCUGUGCGUGAACAGCCUCCUGCAGGAGUACAGCCUCAACGUCAACAUCAAGGACGACUAUAUCCACGAGUUCUGUAGAUAUGGAGCAGCAGAACCGCACACAGUUUCUGCGUUUUUGGGAGGAUCGGCUGCUCAAGAGGCCAUUAAGAUCAUCAGCCACCAGUUUGUACCCUUUAACAACACUUUCAUUUACAACGCUAUGUCACAGACCUCGGCCACGUUGCAGUUGUGAAUACAGUUUCUGCUCUUGUAACGGAGAAACACCGCAAGGAUGAACUGCAGCCAUUGAAUUGCACUCACAUUUGAAAAGAGGGAUGAAAGAUUGCCAAUUUUUUUUGUCACAUUUGAAGUGCUUCUCUGAACUUGGUAGAUUACAUUUUGUUAGAAUCUCAAAAGUUCUUGUAGGGAAAGAAAUCAAGAUGGCACCGAUUAAGGAUUUCCUCUUUAAACUGUUGUUUCUGUGCUGAAAAGACAAGCUAAUGUAGUAUUUUCAUCUGUCAAAACUAUUUAUGGAUGAUAAAUUACGGCGUAGCAGCACUUUGUAUAUUUUUUUUUGUUUUUGGGGAGGAGGCUGUUGUUGUGUCUGCGACGAGCUAAAUAAAAACAUGUGUGUAACUCA